AUGGCAGAACCUCUUCCAGCUGCGCUCAAAAUCCCCGAAGUCAGUCGCUUCAUCAAUCGCGCAAAUCAGCUGAGAAGCAUCAAGCCCGCCAUCGCAUACUGGUGUGAAUACCAUGCUGUCAACCAAAUCGUGGGAAAGAGCCUGCAUACCACCGACGACGAUACCUUUGAGUUCACAAAGACAUUGAUCGAGCGCCUCGAGGCUACAAAGACGGAACGAGCUGAUGAUGAUGCGAUUGUCGAUAACGCUGCGGGACAAGCUUAUGUUGAGCAAUUCGCUCAGCAGACGUUUGAACGAGCUGAGCGAACCAUGCGCGCUAACAAGGUGACGAGACAAACUGCCGAUACAUUCGACGCUGCUGCGACGUUUUUCGACCUCACUCGCGAAUGGGGAGAGCCUGAUCCCGAAGUCGUCAAGAAGAUCAAAUUCGCCAAAUGGAACGCUGCUCGAAUCCUAAAGGCCAUUCGUGAAGGAAAAGAUCCCAACGAGACGAACCCCAAUGCCCCUGAGCCUGAGCCGGAAGUUGCUCUCGACCCCUCUGAUCCUGAAGUCCAACUUUUAUCCGGAGCUCCUCGCGCUUCGGUUGAGGAUGCGCCAGACGCUGGAGAACCUCCUAGUGUUCCUACAUUCACGGAUGCGCCGCCUAGAAUCCCAGAUGAUCCUGGAUAUUUCCCUCCUCAACCUGAACACCAGUCCCAAGCGCCGGAGCCAUUCGUCCCAUCGCCUUUGAGUCAGAGUCCUACGCCAGGUCUAUCUGGUGGUCCUCCUCCUCCGCCACCCGUUGGUCUACCACCUGCUGUGUCUCCUGUGCCAGAGUCCCCAGCACAGCCUGCGACACAGAUUCCUCCUCAACCAUCACCUCAAAUUCCCACCAAGCUUCCCUCACAAUUUGCUCCUCCCCCGCCUGAGCCAUUUACCCCUUCAGCACCUCCAUCCUGGACAACGACUCCGAGCGCUCCUCAUCCUGCUGCUUCAAACCCUCCACCUGUGAUUCGCCAGGCCCCUGCUCCUCAGCCGCCAGCUCCAGCGCCUGUCCAGACGACUGGUUUCACAACAGAUCAAAGGGAUAUUAACCAGGCGCAGAAGCACGCCAAGUGGGCUAUAUCCGCACUCAACUUUGAAGAUGUGCCCACUGCAGUUCAAGAGCUACGCAAUGCACUUCGAAUGCUCGGUGCGCAGUAA